CUAUCUGAUACUACCAUGACCAGUCAGGAAACUGAGAGACAUGUUGGACAGCUAAUUGAUACAAUUCCCAUGUGAAUUGAUGCAAUAGACUAUUACUCGCCUCAGUAUUUGAUUCCCUCAAUUUGUAUAUAUUGCCUAUCUCGUUCAGGCUCCUCGGAGUUCCGAAGGGUCACCUCUACGUCCAAAUGAAUCUAACAGUUGGAUUCGUAAUUUGAGACGACGCCAGCUGCCUAGUCAACAUAUUGCCAGUCGUCUUUGAUGUCGAAAGCUAUUUUCUUGUCAUAAGAAUGAGCAGAUUGUCAAAGAACAUCAGAGGGAAAUGGCGCGACAACAACUAGAUCAUUCAAACAUCGGAAUAGAAAUUCGAUAUAACGACCACUCACAGUUGACACUGGAACGUCUACAUGAGCACUCAAGACUCGAUCAUUAAUCAGCGGAGUACAGCUGCAGGGACCUCUUCAAUGAAAUGCCAAUGCCAACUACCUAACUAACCACCUUUCUAUCGAUCAUCGCCAUGUGGGCAUGGGUUUCAAGGUCCAUUAUCAACGGCGUGGCCGAUGAGGGGACAAAAAACUAACUAACACGGGGCGAAAUGGCCCUCCAACCUGAAACUGAAGACUGACUCGCAUGGCGGUCAACCGAAGGCCAGGUUCGUUCUGAACGCCUUUCACUUGAAAGGGCAUACUAUUGGCGUAACUAUUGGCAAAAGGUUAAGUUGUCACACCCAAACUGAAGCUCUUUCAGAAGAGUCAUCACGAAACCAUAUUUGCAACACUGCAAUGUUUGGGAUACUCACCUAUUGAAUCUUUGGCCAGGGAUCACACGGUCUGUAGUGCACUAUUCCGGAGCUGUCGUUUCAUCUGAAGCACACAGCAAUUGCGGUACAACGCUACCCCAGUUUUUGCUCCAAUUUGCUUCGCCAGACGCCGCCAAACGGCGCUGCACGAUCUUUAAAGAGGCUUUAAAACCGUUGAUUUAGGAGUUAUGCGAUGUAGCGAGGCUUGUUGAAGCCGCUUGUUUGCUAUGUCGUGCAUUAGUCCAACAGGACACGGGGUAAAGAGGUGUCAAUGCAUACACCACAAGUUUCACUUGCUUACGGGAUCGAGGAGUCACAGAGAGAGGAACCGAUGUAAAUAGCAUUGCAGCUAAUCCUCCCGCGCCCCAUGUAAGACCAUAUCCGCUAUUUUGGGACUAUCCUCAAUGCUAGAUGUGCCUUACCCAUGUUGGAUGCACAGGGGCUUCAUAUCAAAACCUGGAUGCAAGAGCGUACAGGGCCAGUAACUAGUCUUGUUACAGCUGCAUGCGGUCCUCAUGCCCGUCCAACUUGGAUGAAGCCCCUUGUCUAAGUAGAUCUGGGGGUAUAUAUACGGAGUACUAUAUGAUAGUUAGGGUAACCCAUGUCUUGCAAUAUUUGAGCAUCCUGUCAUUCCCCUGUUUUUGUUCACUGCUUCAGCAUCACCAACCCUAAUGCUACUGGACGGGUAUGAAGCUCACAUCUUGGGCGAUCUGCUCUGUAGCACUCGCUGCUGGAGUGUUUGGCGCUGACAGACCUGAACUCUUCAAGAAUCUGCCUCGUUGUACUAUCUCAUGUCUCGAAAAGUACAACAACUCGGAUUUGGAAGCCGUUGAUAUAUGCAACAACGAAGAUGUUAAGCGGGAGCUAGAUAACUGCUUCGCAGACAAGUGCCGUGAUUUCGAAAGAUUCGAUAUCGCAAAGAUCUAUGCCAAUGCGUGUGACAGCAAGCAAAAAGACAACCGGAAUAACCACUAUGUUCUAUUAGUUGUAGAGAUACCAGCAUGGAUCUUUCCUUGGCUUAGGCUGUAUUUGAGUUGGAUUACGUAUGAGAGUCUUUCUCUGGAUGACUAUGUAAUGGUAGUUUGUGGAUUAUUAUACACUGUCUUUGCAACUCUGGUACACUUUGCCCACUCUGUGACAGGCGAUACAAUCUUAUGGAAUGCGGUUCCGGAACACAUUACAGACGGAUUAAAGCUUGUUUUCAUGGCCGACAUCUUUGAGCUUGCCUGCUCGUGUCUACUUAGAGUCGCGAUCCUUCUCGUAUGCCUACGCUCAUCAUUUUCUGGCAGAGGCAUAGCGGCCACAGCCGCGACCCUUGUACUCACCAUCCUCUCUUCGAUUGCUCUGGCCCUAUUGAGAGUAUUUCGAUGCUCACCAAUUGCUUUCGCCUGGGAAGGUUGGGAACCAAAUGGAAGAGAUGAGGUCACAGGAGCCUGCUUGGCUCAGGACUCACUUGCAUACACGGCUUCUUCGAUCGACAUGUUCCUAAACCUGGUGCUCCUUGCUAUGCUUUCUCACCUGAUCUUCAGCCGAGCUGCAAGUAACACAACAUCUUGGUUGCAAAACGCCACCGCAGUUAUGUUGGGAGCAUUCGGUCUGGCUGUGUCUUGCUUUCGACUGUACCUUUUAAUCGAUUUCUUCAAGACAAUGCAGCCAGUUUGGAAAUAUCACGAACGAAUCGUUUGGAUGGACGUUGAAAUUUCGGUCUUGAUUAUGUGGGCAUGUCUGCCUACGUGGCAGUGCUUCACAGACUCAGUGCCUCCGAGGGAUGUCGAGGAGGUCAGCCGCCUGCCACAGAUAAUAGAAGAGACCAUCAUGCCGGAGACACCAUCAACCGAUACGAAGAUCCCGAGGCCGAGAUUAUGUCAGAGGGGAGUGUUAGGGAUCUUGUCAAGGGGACGGCCGAAGAAACUAGUCGAGUCGAACUUACAUCUGGGAGACAAAACCUAUGGAAACGUCAGAACAGAAAUCCAAGGAGGUCAGAGAUUUUCUAUGAUCUCCCAAUUGACGGGUAUGAUUGGUAUCCAGGUCCGGACGCGGACGAUUAGGCAUGUGCACGACAGUGGAUGGGACGCGGAGAAGGGAUCAGCAAGAGAGAAUAUAGAGGCUGCCUAAUGAUUAAUGAACUCGGAAAUACAUAAUGAAAUAGUCCUUCUCCGUCAAA